UCAAAUAUCACUGCAGGGUGCACCAAUCCUUUAAUGUAUUACAAAACAACGAGACUAUAUAUGAAGCACAAUAAAACAACAUACUCAUACAUAUUGCAAAACUGUAUUACUGAAAAUAUAUCCAUUACGCUUGAGUGGCUCUUAUUUUUUGCUGUAUCCUUAAUAAAUAUAGGCUUCUAGUAUUUUAAGAAGGAAUUCCUAACAUGGACUACCAUUUUAUUACCGGAGUCCUAAUGGAGGUCUGCAGUUCAAAUGGAUCAGUAAGGUAGGUCCACUUCAAAACAGCAAACAAGUCGUGUUGAAAAUGCACGGGAGGAUUUUAAUCAAUUAAUGUGGAAGAGAGAGGCUGAAGUCUUAGCCCCUCUGCAGACCUUCCAACAGGAGUUCCCAGAUUAAAUGGGGGGUGGGGGGGGAGGCACAGAGGUCGAGGCAAGGAGUAUAAGCAUGCAGCUCAUCUAUUUGGACAACCUGUGUCUGAUUGAUCAAUAUCUCAGGAUUGCCAAGGUGGAUCUGAUCUCCAUAAGAAAACCAUGGUUGUUUGAGGUUGUAGUUUCCGUUCUCAUUACAGAAGUCUUUCCAUCAGACCUUUCCUGGAGUCUAAGAUGACUGAGAGAAGAGAGAUAGAUACAAAAUGAGGGUAGUGAUAGUAAGUCUUAUCCUGAUUCUUGAGACAUUUGCUGGCCACUUUUAAAUCUUUUCACAAUUUUAUUUUCUAAUAUAUUUAUGUAUUCUUCUCUCAUACAUUACUUCCCAACUGCAGUUUCCCCUCACCCCACUUCUUCCAGUUCCUCACUACCUUCCGUCUCCCCCAGAUCCACUCAUUUUUUAACGUAGAACGGUUAAAGAUAUCUUUAUUGAAUUUUGUGCUUCUUUUUAUUUUUAGAAACCUACUUGAUUUACAUACUUCUUUGGCUUUGUCAUUGGUAUCUUUUGUGACUUUUAUAAGAAAUUCAUUUUCACACAUAAGCAUUAUUUGUACUCUGUAAAAGCGGUUACAAAUCAUUAUGCAUUCAAUCCUUUUUCUGUUCUUUUAUUGCUAUGCUUACAUAUCUUCUUAGGGUAUCUAUGUUCAUCCAUACUUUCUUCCAGUUCUUUUCUUAGCCAAACAAAAGAACUGAUCAAAUAGAAAUCUGAUUCAUGGAAAUGGUUAUCAUGUAGACAUUAAGCAAAACUUGAUUUUUAAAUGUGUUAUUGCUAUUGACCACUAUUGCCAAGAUCCCAGUUUUCAGGUAACUAUUUUUUUUUUAAUGGUUCCUAUUUUUCAUUUCUUUUUGUUUCACUGAGAACUCUUAGGACAAAGCUGAAGAUAGGACAGUGGUGGUGGCAGAAUGCAUUUCACAUUACAUCUCUUGGUGCACAGUGAAUCCAUUUGGACACAGGAGUUAGCAUUUGUUGGCGUGGUAAGCGAUGUAAAAUUUCCUGGUGAACCAAAUAUCUGUCUUCUCCACAGCUUUGGAAAGGAUGCAUUAUUUUCCACAUUUCAGAGACGGAGCAGCCGACAUCAAGAAACACAUAAUUUGUAGUCUCUGAACUACUGUAACCAAAACAUCUCCCUGAUCUCAAAAUCUCUUUCUGUCACCAGAAGUGGCCUAUAAGGCUCCAGAAGAAACCCAGCCGUGGCAUCCAUGGUCGCUGUUUCCUCCCCUCACUGCAGUCCUCCUCCGAGGCCCAGGCCGCGGCUGUGCCUUCCAGAUCUUUCUCCAGGGGCCGAUGGGAUUCGGGGCUCACCCGGCGAGCUCCAGUGCAGGCCGGGGCGGGCUGUCUCGGUCUCGGCCACCGCUGCGGGCUUCCCCGCCCUCUUCGGCGCAGGCGGCCCGCCCAGGGCACGGUCCUGACGGUCGCGGGGACAAGGUGGCCGCGCGAGCCCGCGACACUCCGAGCCUCCGCCGCCGGGCCAGCCGCGAGCGAGCCGCCGCCAUGCUCCGGGUGCUGGUGGUGGGCGCCGGGCUGACCGGAAGUCUGUGCGCCGCGCUGCUGAGGAAGGCGAUAGCCGGCCCGCUGUACCUGGCGCUGUGGGACAGGGCUGGCGACGCAGGGGGAAGAAUGAUUACUGCCAAGAGUCCUCAUGAUCCCCGAUGCACAGCUGACUUGGGAGCUCAGUACAUCACCCGCACGCCUCAUUAUGCAAAAAAGCAUCAAGAGUUUUAUGAGGAGCUGUUAGCUCAUGGGAUUUUGGAGCCUCUGACCUCUCCUAUUGAAGGAAUGAAAGUGCAAGAAGGAGAUAGCAACUUUGUGGCACCGCAAGGGAUUUCGUCAAUUGUUAAGCACUACUUGAAAAAAUCAGGUGCAGAAAUCUUCUUCAAACAAUGUGUGACCCAGAUCAACCUGAGAAAUAACAAGUGGGAGGUCUCCAAGGAGACGGGCUCCCCCGAGCAGUUUGACCUUGUUGUCCUCACCAUGCCAGCUCCUCAGAUUCUGGAACUUCAAGGUGACAUCGUGAACUUCAUUAGUGAAUUCCAAAGGCAACAACUGGCAUCUGUGAGCUAUUCCUCCCGCUAUGCUCUGGGCCUCUUUUAUGAAGCAGGCAUGAAGAUUGACGUCCCUUGGGCUGGCCAGUACAUCAGCAGUAAUCCCUGUAUACGCUUCAUCUCCAUUGAUAAUAAGAAACGCAAUAUAGAGUCAUCGGAAUUUGGCCCAUCCCUGGUGAUCCAUACCACUGUCCCAUUUGGAGUUACGCACUUGGAGCGCAGUGAGGAGGACGUGCAGGAGUUAAUCAGCCAGCAGCUGGAAGCCAUUCUGCCGGGUUUGCCUCAGCCGGUUGCUACCAAGUGCCAGAAGUGGAGAUAUUCGCAGGUUACAAACUCAGCUGCCAACUGUCCCGGCCAGAUGACUCUUCACCUCCACCCUUCCUUGGUGUGUGGAGGGGAUGGAUUUACUCACUCCAACUUCGACGGCUGCAUCGCCUCUGCCCUGAGUGUCAUGGAAGCUUUAAAGAAUCAUAUUUAGUGUCUAUGUUCUCUAAAGAAUCAUAUUUAGUGUCUAUGUUCUCGUUUCUACAUUCACUCUGGGGCCCUUUGUUUUCACAGACCUCUGAUUAUUCUGGAUUUUUGUGGGGAGAGGAAUUACUUGGAAAAAUUUCUCCACUUAACUGUCAUUUUUCAUAUGAAAUAUAAAAACAAUAUAAUAAUUUUGAUAGCUACCACCCAUAAUAAAAUGAUAAUUUCUUAGA